AUGAAGUCAUAUUUAGUGCUAAUUAUUUUCUGUGUUAUCGGCUCUCUCCAUGGAACAAGGUUCAGAUGUGACUACCGAUAUUCUCAAGGUGCCAAGGGUUACUUAAAGUUGCACAGAAUACCAGCCAAUUGGAGAGAAGCAAGAUUAAGAUGUCAUCUUGAAGGAGCCAAAAUAGCAUCACCCCUGGACCAAAACCUGAAGGAGGUAAUGAUCUCCAUGAUGGAUGUGACUCCAAAGCUGAAGUGUAACGGAAUCUUCACCGGGAUACACGCAACUUUCUCUAGAGGAGAUUUCUUCUCAGCUGAAGGAGUUCCUCUCUCCAAGAUCCCGCACACUUGGGCAGAUGGUGAACCAGAUAACUAUGAAGAUAACGAGAGCUGCAUACUGAUGACCAGCGCUGGUGAAUUCGCUGACGUCAACUGUUCAGAUACAUACCCUUAUAUGUGUUAUAAGAAAAUGUCUCAGAGCCUAAUCAUGAGUGCCUGUGGUACCACUGAUCCAGAAUACAAUAUCGACAUGAGGACUGGCAGUUGCUACAAGUUCCACACAGUUCCUCGCACCUGGUCCAGGGCUUAUAUGACCUGUGCUGCUGAAGGCGGAUACCUUGCUAUAGUUAAUAGCGAAAUAGAAGCACAUGUGAUCAAAGAGCUAUUCGCCAAGUAUCCAGGUGGCAAGAUGCGCGGAAACUUCUGGAAGGACAUCGCUUUCCUGGGCUUCCAUGACUGGGGUGAACAUGGAGAAUGGCUGACCAUAAACGGUGAUACUCUACUCCAAGCUGGUUAUGAUAAGUUCUCUGGUGGUGAACCAAACAACGCCACAACAGGGGAGUUCUGUGGCGCCACCUACCGGAACGGCAUGUUUGACGACCUCUGGUGCGAGAAUAAAUACGCGUUUAUAUGCGAAAUGGAUCCUGGCAGCUUGGCUUGUCAUGACGAUACUUAAAGUAUUAGAAAAGUUUAUUUAAACAUUAAUAACUGAGGUGGAAAAAUGGAAAAUGCGUGAAAAUUUGAAAAAUCCCGAUAUAAAAAGUGCAAAAAUCCCUCAUGUUAUUAAUUAUUUUGAAAUCCAUACUAAUAUUAUAAAUGCGAAAGUAACUCUGUCUGUCUGUUAUUCAAUCACGUCUUAUCUACUGAACCAAUUUGCAUG